CCGGUAAAGGUGGCGUUCACGGGCUCUGUGACAUGUUCCAGCGUUAGGCAACUUCUUUCCACUUAUUUCUAUUCAGCAGCUCAGUUGUUUUCAUUCAGUAUAAAUGGCAGAGAAGCACGUCAAGCCCGACUUCAGCCAGUCUCAGGUUUCUGAGAUGGUGCAGAGGCUCUACAGGUUGACCCCGUCCAAGGUUCACCCGCUGCCCGGCUAUGAUGACCAGAACUUCUACGUGGCGUCUGCCGAGGGUGGCGAGUACGUCCUAAAGAUCAUGAACUCGGAGGACAGUAAACACCCCACCCUGAUCGAGAUGCAGAACUUCACCAUGUCCUUCCUCCACCAGCACGGACUUCCUACUCAAACAGCCCUGCCCAACACAUCAGGACAGCUCAUGGGUCUGGAAGAAAUGGAUUGUGGUUAUGGCUGUCAGAAGUACCUGGUGCGGAUGUUGACUUAUUUACCCGGGACCACUAUUUCCAAGGUUCCUUUAACGCCACAGUUACUGUAUGAAACUGGCAAGACGGCAGCUAAAAUGGACCAAAUCCUUAAAAAGAUGGAACACCCAAAUCUCAGCGUACUGCAGAGGGAGAACUUCAUAUGGAGUCUGACCAACAUUUCCCUCCUGGAGGCGUACAUGAAUUUAUUCGAUGGCGAUCCUCUUCAGGAGGUGGUGAAGUCGGUCCUUCAUCACCACAAGACCUCCGUGGCCCCCCAACGCUCCAGUUUCCGCAAGUGCAUUAACCAUGGCGACUUCAAUGACCUGAACGUGCUCGUGCAACCUGAUGAGAGCGAUGGCUACAGGAUUUCUGGCAUCCUUGACUUUGGGGACAUGAACGACGGCUACUACAUCCACGAGCUCGCCAUCACCAUCAUGUACAUGAUGACGGAGCACCCUAAACCCGUGGAGGUGGGUGGACCCGUCCUCGCCGGGUGGGAAAGCGUCCUUCCCCUCAACGAGGCUGAGAAAGAUUGUCUGUAUUGGCUGGUGCUGGGCCGCUUCUGCCAGUCCUUGGUUUUAGCUCGUCACUCUGUGUCCUUACAUCCGGAGAACGAGGAGUAUCUGACGAUUACAUCCAGGAGGGGCGUCUUCACUCUCCGACAACUCUGGGAGCUGGGAAGGGAGCAGGUGGAGAAGGUGUGGUUUCAGAGUGCUGCUCAAUUCAGCGACAGGAAGUGAGGAAUAUGUGAAGGAAGAAGUACAUCAGGUGAUUCCACUGAGCCAAAAUGUGUCCAAAUCAAACAAUAGAUAGAAGUGUUUGUACCGUAUGGUGACAGUAAGUCAUGUACUGUAAAGCCAGCGUUUAGACAUGAAGAGACAAGUACCGUUUAGUAAAUCACUUCAUAUGUAACUCAGUGCUUGUAAUUAGGAGUUCGAACUUGAACUGAGCAAUCAUUGCCUCUAAGAUACUGAUUACGAUUAAAUAAGUGCCUACAUU